GCCACAGCUCCAGCAUCCUGCCUGUGGGCUGUUCACCAACCGUACAACCACCAUUUCACUGUGGACAUUACUCCCUCUUACCGAUAUGGGAGACAUGGGAGAUCCACCAAAAAAAAAACGUCUGAUUUCCCUAUGUGUUGGUUGCGGCAAUCAAAUCCACGACCAGUACAUUCUGCGGGUUUCUCCGGAUUUGGAAUGGCACGCGGCGUGUUUGAAAUGCGCGGAGUGUAAUCAGUAUUUGGACGAGAGCUGUACGUGCUUUGUGCGGGAUGGGAAAACCUACUGUAAGAGAGACUAUAUCAGGUUGUACGGGAUCAAAUGCGCCAAGUGCAGCAUCGGCUUCAGCAAGAACGACUUCGUGAUGCGCGCCCGCUCCAAGGUGUACCACAUCGAGUGUUUCCGCUGCGUGGCCUGCAGCCGCCAGCUCAUCCCCGGGGACGAGUUCGCGCUGCGUGAGGACGGGCUCUUCUGCCGCGCCGACCACGACGUGGUGGAGAGGGCCAGCCUGGGCGCGGGCGACCCGCUCAGCCCCCUGCACCCCGCGCGGCCGCUGCAGAUGGCAGCCGAGCCCAUCUCCGCGCGGCAGCCGGCCCUGCGGCCCCACGUCCACAAGCAGCCCGAGAAGACCACGCGCGUGCGGACCGUGCUCAACGAGAAGCAGCUGCACACCCUGCGGACCUGCUACGCCGCCAACCCGCGGCCCGACGCGCUCAUGAAGGAGCAGCUGGUGGAGAUGACGGGCCUGAGCCCCCGCGUGAUCCGGGUCUGGUUUCAAAACAAGCGGUGCAAGGACAAGAAGCGGAGCAUCAUGAUGAAGCAGCUGCAGCAGCAGCAGCCCAAUGACAAAACCAAUAUCCAGGGGAUGACAGGAACGCCCAUGGUGGCUGCCAGUCCCGAGAGACACGACGGAGGCUUACAGGCAAACCCCGUGGAGGUGCAGAGUUACCAGCCACCUUGGAAAGUACUGAGUGACUUUGCCUUGCAGAGUGACAUAGAUCAGCCUGCUUUUCAGCAACUGGUCAAUUUUUCCGAAGGAGGCCCGGGCUCUAAUUCCACCGGCAGCGAAGUGGCGUCGAUGUCCUCUCAGCUCCCAGAUACACCCAACAGCAUGGUCGCCAGUCCUAUCGAGGCCUGAGGAACAUUCACUCAGAUGUAUUGUUUUCCUUCCCCGUUGGAGACAGUGGGAAACUAUAACGCUGAACUCCGAAACAAAAGUAUUUAACGACCCAGUCAGUGAAAGCUGAGUUGAGAAAACGAAUGCUCCAUGAAAUGCACGAAGUCUGUUUUAAUGACAAGGUAAUAUGGUAGCAACACUGUGAAGACAAUCAUGGGAUUUUACUAGAAUUAAAACAAACAACAAACGAGAAACCCAAACCCAACAUAUGCUAUCCAAUGACCUUAGGAGUACUGAAAAAAAAA